AUAUUCUCGUUUAAUUAGUACCUCUUCCCCCACCCACACACACUGAGGCAUAUCAGCGAAAUGGAGAAGAAAAGCAAAGGCAAGAGAGUGCAUUGCCUGGUCUUGGCCUACCCAGCUCAAGGGCACAUCAACCCCAUGCUUCAAUUCUCCAAGCUUAUGCUACAUGAAGGAGUGAGAGUAACACUAGCCACCACCAUUUGCUUUUGCAAGAACUUGCACAAACUGCCAGCUGGCAUUCAACUUGAAACAAUUUCUGAUGGUUUUGACAAUGGUAGGAUCGGUGAAGCAAAGAGCUUAAGGGUCUAUUUGGAUCGAUUUUGGCGAGUGGGACCAAAGACUCUUGUUGAGCUUCUCGAGAAAUUUGCUAGAUCAAGCAACCCAAUUGAUUGCCUUAUGUAUGAUUCAUUCAUGCCUUGGGCCUUAGAUGUUGCAAAAGUAUUUGGAAUAGUUGGAGUUGUUUUUCUUACUCAAAAUAUGGCUGUAAAUAGUAUAUUCUACCAUGCCCACUUGGGAAACUUGCAAGCUCCCCUCACAAAACAAGAGAUUUCCCUUCCUGCUCUACCCCAACUUCACCUUGAGGACAUGCCUUCAUUCUUCUUUAACUAUGUUGAAGAUCCUGCUUUUCUUGAUUUCUUAGUGGGUCAGUUUUCUAACAUUGAUAAAGCACAUUGGAUUCUCUGCAAUUCCUUCUACGAGCUGGAGAAAGAGGUGGCUGAUUGGACAAUGAAGAUUUGGCCCAACUUUAGGACUAUAGGACCAUCAAUUUCAUCUAUGUUUUUAGACAAACAAACCAAAGAUGAUGAAGAUUAUGGUGUUACACAAUUUACAAGUGAAGAAUGCAUGAAAUGGCUAGAUGAUAAGCCAAAAGGGAUUGUUGUUUAUGUUUCUUUUGGGAGUAUGGCAGUACUAAGUGAGGAGCAAAUGGAAGAGUUGGCUUAUGGUUUGAGAGAUAGUGGAAGUUACUUCUUGUGGGUUGUUAGAGCUUCUGAAGAGACUAAGAUUCCUAAAACCUUUGCAAAGAAUUCAGAGAAGGGCUUGGUAGUAACAUGGUGCUCUCAGCUUAAAGUUUUGGCCCACAAGGCUAUAGGGUGUUUUGUAACACAUUGUGGUUGGAACUCCACAUUAGAAGCUUUAAGCUUAGGAGUUCCAUUGGUUGCAAUCCCACAUGAGGCAGACCAAAGUACUAAUGCUAAGCAUAUUGUAGAUGUCUGGAAGAUGGGAAUCAAAGCUCCAGUUGAUGAAAAAAAUGUGAGUCGAGAAGCAUUGAAGCAUUGCAUAAGGGAAAUAAUGGAGGGUGAAGGAGGCAAAGAGAUGAAGAGAAAUGCCAUGCAAUGGAAGAAUUUGGCUACUGCUGCUGUUAGUGAGGGUGGAAGUUCUCAUAAAAACAUUACAGAAUUUGUGGAUAGCUUGUUCCAUUUGCAAGCUACAUGCACUCAAUCACAAAUUACCUCUUAAUCAGCCCAAAUGGUGAAAAUUUGUUGGAGGCUCACUCACAAACCGUGGUUUUAUACAAUUGUUUUGAUGAAAGUAUAAAUAAUUCUGAAUAAAGUUACGAGACUUUUAACAAAAUAUAUGUAUGUUGUGAAGUCAAAUAAAUUGUAAAACGACACAUGUAUUUCAUUUUUGCAAUGAAGUACCAUUUUGAAACCU